ACACAUAUUAUGCAAACAUACUACUGCUUCACAUUGAAUCAGUGCAACCGAGGAUUACUAUAUACGGUACCGUAUAUUUUGAAACUUGCUAGAUCCAAAGAUUGCAAUUAUUUUAAAAAUUAUCAUUUCAAAUCCACUUGAAGAAUAUCUAUUACAUUUUUUCUAACUUUUGCAUUAUUUUAUAUGUAUCUAUGAAUAUUGAUAUAUUGUAACUUAUGUGAAAUUGUGCGUGUUUCAAUUUAAAUUAGAAGUGUCAUACCUUGUGAUAUUUAUUUGUGUAGUGGCAUUUGAGUUGGGUGACAAUUAUUAAAAAUGACUGAGAUAACAUUUUUUGCGAAACUCUUUGCUUUUCUGCAGUUUUUAGUGAUUUAUAAAGUGGUUAUUUUUGUGCUUACAAGGAUUUAUGUGCAUUUUUUCAAAGAGCCAAUUGAUGUAACUAAAGCCGGGAGCUGGGCUGUGAUAACCGGGUGCACUGAUGGCAUUGGAAAAUCAUUCGCUUUUGAGCUAGCAAAGAAACAAAUGAACUUAGUGCUGAUUAGCAGAUCUCAAGAGAAACUAGAGGAACUUGCCAAAGAACUAGAGUCAAGAUACCAAAUAAAGACGAAGAUCAUAGUCGCGGACUUUCUCAACAUAAAAGACUCCCAGCCACAAAUCGAGCAGCAACUGGCGUCCCUCGAUAUAGGACUGCUAGUGAACAAUGUGGGAGUGAGCAUUGGUAUCGGCUACUUUCUGGAAUACAACUGGAAGGACAUCAACGAUAUGAUCGAGGUGAACUCGAAAAGUGUGGUCGGCAUGACUGCCAUGGUUCUGCCCAAAAUGGUGGCGAAAAGGAAGGGUGUCAUAAUCAACGUGUCUUCAAUUGCUUCGCGGGUGCCUACACUUUACAUGUCUGCCUAUGCCGCGACUAAGGCAUUUAUCACGAAAUUCAGUGAAGAUCUUAUGCUGGAGUAUGAGGACUACGGCAUAACCGUCCAAUGUCUGACUCCUGCGUUUGUGGCAACAAAAAUGAUAUCGGGAUCACCCACUCUGACGUCACCAUCGGCUGAUACGUAUGUUCACAGUGCUCUCAAACAAGUUGGACUUCAACUGGUCACCACCGGAUAUCUGCCUCAUGAUUUUGAGAUCUACUUUGUACGGUUCACGGAUGCUAUCUGCCCAAACCUGACAUCCUGGAUUCUCAAGCGCUUCGUAUUCAUUUUUGCCUACACCUACAACAAUGAGGAGCACAAAAAUUAUAUGAAAUUGAAGUUUUGAACACGAUAUUCAUAAAUUCAUGAGUCAUAGAAUGAGUGAAAUUGAAGUUGAAUGAUUUUUUUUUGCGUGGGUGCAGCUUAUUUUUAAAAAUAAGAAGCGUAUAAAUUUGUAUGAUACGCUUAUUCUACAUCCAUCCUAUAAUAAUGAGGUGUUGCGUCAUAGCAUUAAGUUAUACAAAUGCAAUAAAUAUAUAUUAUUCUACCAUAAAA